UUGACACAGGUGGCACUGGAAAUAGUGGGGAAAGGUUGGCCAAAGGUGUUGGAAAGGCAAUUGGUGAAAAACUAGAUUCUUGGAAGCCACCCUCUGUGUCUAUCAAGUGGAACACUUCACAAGGACAUGGUAGUGGUUCUUGUGUUCAGUGUGCUGCUAAAGACAAUGAAAUUUCUCAGUUGAAGAAACGACUAGAAAAUUCUUAUUCUCGAUACAACCUCACACUACCACCAGAUGACACAGUCAACCGAAUACUUCUAGGUCAACCAUAUUCUCUAGAAUGUUAUCGUAGUCAUGAAGAUAAACUUGCCUUAUUGGACACUGCUCUGAGUACUAUGGAUGGCAGUGCAAUAUUAGCAACAUUGCUUCAAAUGAAGAACACUGUCAAAAAAAGUAUAUUUAUUAAGGAGAUGCAAAUAAGGCCACAUGCAAGUCAUCUGUACAUAAGUUACCUAAAGAAACGUCGCAACUACGCAGAAGCCAUCGAUUUUCUGGGAUUACUUGGCAGAUCUGAGGAUGCUGCUAUCUUGGCUUAUGAGCUGGCUCUCUCAAGCAGAACACCAGAACACAAAGUGAAAAACAUGAAAAAGGCUCUUGACAACAGCUUCACUGAUCCUAGUCUCUCUCAUGAGGCCAAAAUUGUGAUGGACCAUAUCAAACUUCUAGAAAGACAGAUGGCCAUAGAUGAGGCAGACUGUAAUGACCAAACAAACCCCAUGCUCAUCAAGUACCCACGUGCUGCUAACAUUAUAGACAAGUCUCUUCUAACUACUCUCUUCUACUGCUGCAUGUAUCAUUGGGUUGCUUCAGAGUCACAUGUUGGUAGUCCACUGGCACUAAGAAAAGCCCACAGCUUCACUGAUGCUCAGGUCUUGUGGACAGUUCUGCGAGGGCGAGCGAGAGUGAACCAUUGGCCUUUGCCUUCUGAGUUAGGUUCUUGGCUGGGUAGUAAGGGAAUAUUGGGAACACUAGGGUCUAUAACUUCAGCAUUCAGUAGUGCAGGAAAGGGGACUACUUCAGGCAUCAAGGCAACUCUUCCAAUUGAGCAGGUGGUGCAUACAUUGUCAGCAAGCUGUGCUCCAGCAAAUGUUUUAGCAGUGUACAUAGCUCUGAUAGACUCCAUGGAGACUCGUCUCAAAUUAGCCAUCAACUAUAAGUGUCACCAGGCAGUCAUUGAAGUUCACAUUGCUCAGAAGGACAGGGAUGCUCUAGAAAAGUAUAUGAAGGAAAUACCCACUGGUUCUCCAGAGUUUCUGAAAGCUGAUGCUGCUUUAAAGAGUGUCAAGUGGAAAAAUUAAAAUGAUGCUGUACUGUAAAUUCUACUGUCUCUCCUGCCCUGAAUGGGGCCAUCAACACUGAACAAUAUUCUAAAGGAGAGCACAAGGAGUUUGAAAAAUGGAUGUUCUUGUAAAGUGCAUAUGACAGGAACACAUCUUCCAGUACUUGCUAUAAUUAAUUGAAUAAUCCAGAAGACUAGACUAUGGUAUAAUUUCUUUCAUUUACAAAACCUAAGCAAAAAACUAAAGCCAUUUUUUCUUAGGAGCAAAGAUAUUAAUUUUUUUUUUUUACCUCAACAGUAGUCUUCAGCCAAGGCAGGGUGACCCAAAGAAGAAAUUACAUUCACCAUCAUACAGUUGCUGUCAUAUAUACUGUAUACUUUUCAAGCUACUAUUAGAUAUAUGGUAAUUUUUUUUUACAAAUGUAUAGGGAAGAAUGGGCUUCAUGAGGUGCAUAUUUAUUUCAUUCCAACAUGUGCAAUAUAGCAUUUUGAAUGAAAGUUAUAAUAAAUGGAAGAAACUUUAACUUUCCAAAACUACCCCACCCCUUAUUGUAAUUAUAUUUUCCACUGGAAAUUGCUUUCUAAUAGUCCAGAACAGGAAAAUAUCAGCAAAACUGGCUGCCCACUUAUCCUUUUGCUUAUAAUUAGUUCAGUAUUUAAGCACUGAAAAUGUGGUUGUUAAGGUCAGAUAUUGAUAUUAAUGUUCAUUUAUUACGUAAUAUAGUGCCAAUAAACAUGUACCCUUUGACUGUUGGUGUCGUAUAUAUAUGUCUUACGAGCCAGUGUUUUUGACGUAUUAAUACUCCAAAAUUCUAGCGGCUUCAAAUCAAGUAGGAGAAAGCUGGUAGGCCCACAUGUGAGAGAAUGGGUCUGUGUGGUCAGUGUGUGCAGUAUAAAAAAAAUCCUGCAGCACGCAGUGCGUGAUGAGAAAAAAAAACUCAGACCAUGUUUUUGGAUUAAAAUGCUGACUUUGAGGUGUAUUUUCAUAAAGUAUUUAUGGUUGUAUUCUCGUUUUCUUGGUCUCAUUUGAUAGAAUGGAAGAUAUAUUACAGAAAUAGAGAUGAUUUUAAUUGGUUUCACGAUGAAAAGGACCUUGAUAUUGAGCUCAAACUAGCAGAAAUGUUCGAUUUUUGCCAAUGUUCAAGAGUAAACAAAUAACAUCACCAUCUAAUACGUGUCCAACUGGCUGGUCUAAUAUGCAGUCACGAAUGAGUUGACAUUAUUUAUACAAUUAUUACAGUAAUUCAGUAGUCUGCAUAACAGUAAAUCUUCUAUUUUUUGAGUGAAUAAGAAUUCAAAAUAGAAUGCAAGAGUAAUAUAAGAGGAGCCUGGAGACAUAACUAAUGAACAGAGAAAAUGUUAUUUUAGUGCCAGGAAUCUCUGCAUUGUUUAUUCUGGACCCUAUUUUAAAAUUGGCAUCUUUUUUAAUUUGUGUGAAAUUGGCCAAAUUGCCAAAUUCUGACCACUUUAUUGGGUAGUUGAAAUUGGUAAAUGGGCAGUUUUUUUUGUACUCAGCUGAUAGAACAAGUGGAGUUCUAAAGAAAUAGCUAUGAGUUUGGUCGACUGGAACAAUGGAAUUGGCCGAAAAUAGGGCUCAAAAUGGGUGAAAUCUCUGAUGCAUAUAUAUCGCCGAGAUCGCUAACUUCGCGAGAGCGUAAAUCCAUAAGUUUUCCAUCACAUUUCGUACUUUUGGUGUCAUUACUAUUGGAAAAAGAUUCUCUAUCACUUCAUAAGAAAUUUUUUUUUUUUUUUCGAAUAUUUUGAGACACAGGAAGACACUUCAGGAUUUGGGGUCUCGACAGUCAAAGGGUUAAAAAGAAAAACUUUGAUUUUUCUUCUUAGGUCACCCUACCUCGGUAUUGUAAACUUCAUAAAAUAGUUUCCUAUGAAAUGUUUCUCAUUUUACAUUAACAACAGUGUAUAAAUAUGUGCUGGUUGUAAGAUGUGGGGUUACCAGAAAUGUUAUUCAGAGGGCUGAGGAGGGGUUAUUGAGGUGGUUUGGACAUGUAAAUAGGGUGGAGGAAAAUAGGAUGACUAGCAGGGUGUAUAAAUAUAGAGGCUCCCAGGAAGGGUUGGAGGAAGAGGGUAAAGGAGAUUUUGAGAGCUAGGGGCUUGGACAGCCAACAGGCUUGUGUGGAUGAGUUAGAUAGCACUGAGUGGAUGCUAGUGGAUUUUUACAAAUGAUGUGCUGUUACAGUGUGAGCAGGUUAACAUUUAUGAAACAAUUUAAGGAAACCGGUUAUCCUGGCUUGUGUCCUGGAGGUAGGAGGUACAGUGCUUGCACUCUGAAGGAGGUGUGGGGAUGUUGUAUUUGGAGGAUAAUCUGAAUUGUGAUGUCAGCACGCUUCUGGGAAGAGAAUGAUUGAAUAAAUAAGUGUAUGUGUUUUCCUCGGGUCAUCCUGCAUUAGCAGGAGAUGGCCAUUAAAGGAAAAACAUGCAUUAAAACCAACAAUUCAUAAAUUGCACAAGCUGUGGGUAAUAUCAAACUCCUACAGUUAUGCAGGCUAUGGUGAAUAUCAGACUCCUUUCUUUGUACAGAUUGUGAUUAAUAACAAACAUUUCUUUACUUUUAUUCAGAAAAUUAUUGUACUUGAAGUUGCAAAUUUGUAUUAUGGACUUUAUCAUACAUGUAACUUUAUAAAGAAAUUUAAGAAGUCUGAGAUGUAGAGAAAGUUCAGCAUAGUAUGCAGCAAGAGGGUGUGGUUACCUGCAAGUGAGUGGGGUCUCAGAUGAUGGCUGGGUCAGAUUUAUUUAGAAUCAGCUUUGCUAAAACCUCAGAGAUGGUGAAAGACCUUGAAUUUUGUGAAAUGGUGUUGGCAGUGGCAUUUAAAGACAAUUGCAAAUACAGUUGAUCUGCUGUUUUGAUAACUACAAUACCAUAACCCACACAAUGCAGUAUUAUAUAUGCUGGUGAGUAAGAAUUAACAUGAAUGGACAGAUGUCACUGUGAAUAUGUUUAAUACCUUGAAUCCACUCUUUGUAUAUUACUGUUGUACCUUUGGGAAGUUCCUCCCAAAAUGGGUUUGCAAUGUAAUUUUUAGUGGUUCUAAGGAUCUUUGGAAAAAACUACUGUAUUAAGAAAUGCACAGGAAAGUACUGCUACUGUAAAUGUGUACUGAAUGUAAAUACAUGUUAUAACUUGUGAGAUAAUGUGACAAGUGUACAUAACAUGAUUUAUAUCACUUAGCAGCUAUUCUCUACUCAGAACAUAGUACUGUAUCUAAUGCAAAUGUCCUCAGUAACAGGAAUUUUGUUAACAUUAGAAUUGAAUUCUCUCUAAAAAAUGUAUGCAUACAUACUAUUAUCAUGCUUCUUAGUGUUUUUAUAUUGAUCACAAAAGCACCUUUUGAGCAGUUGAAUAUCAUGCCAGUUAAAAAGUUUCACUGACACCUUGAUAAAACCUUUUGUAAUCAAAGUGAUAUGUUGCCUUAUCAUAGAGACACAAUCGUUUAUUCUGUCACAUUUCUUACAUUAGUCAUGUAGAGAACCAAGAUAAGAUUAAGACAAAGCUAUAUCACAUCAUUUUGUUAAAAAUCAAGAAGCUGGCCCAAAAAGAUAAAUUCCCCCACUUCCUUUGCUGCAGAUUUAAAUAAUUAUUGAACCUGAUUCUCCUGUUUUUGCUGAUUUCAAACUUUACCAAUAAGAAAAGUUAGAAAAAUUAGUGUUUAUUUUGUUAAUUACUUCUCAGAAGUUUUCAGCAAAUUUUAAAGUUCAGAUUUAUAUAAAAUUGUAUUUAGAUCUGUUUAAAUGAUAAAAUUAUUUUAUACGUAUUUUGUAUAUGCAAACUACAUACCUUAUCUCCUUAAGAAUAUGGAAAUUAUUUUAUUUUUAAUAAUUAAGCAUUAUAGAUUUUUAUAUUGAAAGAUGAAAGAUACUACACUUCUAAAUGUGUUUUUUUAUCCAUCAUAUUAAUCCUUAUAUGUAAAUCAAAAGAAUUCACUGAAGUGUGGCUUUUAGGUCCUUGAGUUUAGCACUCCCCCAUGAAUGUAAUAAUAAUAAUAAUAAUGUCUGUUAGUCAUGUCACCCAUAAGUGCUGCUGAGAUUAAGAAUUUUAUAUUUCAGAGUACUGUACUUAUUGAAUGUAGUACUGUACAUAACUUUUUGUGAUGUAGGUUAAUAUUUUACUCAUAUUUUUUAAUGGGGUGGUCUGGUAAGCCAUGGAAAGUCUGUGUUCUCUUGAUUGAAAGCUCCUCUGAUAGAUUUAGUGCUGUAUGACCCAUAUUAUGGGUUUAGCUCUCUUUUGAUGAAUAAAAUCAUAAACAACUGAGUAAAUCACCUGACGAUAAAUAUCCCCUUUUCUUUAUGUAGAGUACAUUGGAACCUCUGGUCAUGACCAUAAUUCAUUCCAAAACUCUGGUCGCGACCCAAACCUAAUUUCCUCAUUGGAUUGUAUGUAAAUACAAUUAAUCCGUUUUAGACCCCUACGAACUGUAGGUAAAUAUUGUUUUCUUAAGAUUUUUAAGCACAAAAAUAGUUAAUUAUACCAUAGAAUACACAGUGUAAUAGUAAACUAAAUGUAAAAACCUUGAAUAACACUGAGAAAACCUUGAACAACAGAGAAAACUGACAUUGCACGAGUCCAUUCUAGACACCUACGAACUGUUUGCUGUAAGCAGUUUUUUUUUUUUUUAAGGGUUUUAACCCUUUGACUGUUUUGGUCAUAUAUAUUCGUCUUACGAGCCACCGUUUUUGACAUAUAUAUACUUAUAAAUUCUAGCGGCUUCAAAUCAAGCAGGAGAAAGCUGGUAGGCCCACAUGUGAGAGAAUGGGUCUGUGUGGUCAGUGUGCACCAUAUAAAAAAAAAUCCUGCAGCACGCAGUGCACAAUGAGAAAAAAUUCCGACCUUUUUUUUUUUAAUUAAAAUGCCGAGUUUUGGUCUACAUAUUUUCAUAUAGUAUUUAUGGUUGUAUUCUCGUUUUCUUGGUCUCAUUUGAUAGAAUGGAAAACAUAUUAUAGAAAUAGAGGUGAUUUUGAUUGGUUUUACUAUGAAAAGAACCUUGAAAUGGAGCUCUAAGUAGGGGAAAUGUUUGAUUUUUGCCAAUGUUCAAAAGUAAAUAAUUGAUAUCAUUUUCCAGUAAAUGUCCAAGGAGCUAUUCUAAUAUGCAGUCAUGAAUGGGUUGACAUCAUUUAUACAAUUAUUACAAUGUUGCAGUAGUCUGCAUAACAGUAAAUCUUGUAUUUUUUGUUUGAAUAAAAAUUCAAAAUAGAAAGCAAGAGUAAUAUCAGAGGGGCCUGGAGACAUGACUAAUGAACAAAGAAAAUGUUAUUUUGGAACCAGGAAUGUGUGCAUUGUUCAUUCUUGACCCUAUUUUGAAAUUGACAUAUUUUUUAAUUUUUGUGAAAUUGGCCAAAUUGCAAAUUUCUGACCAUGUUAUUAGGUAGUUGAAAUUGGUAAACGGGCAGUUUCUUGUACACAGUUGAUAGAAAAAUGGAGUUCUAAAGAAAUAGCUAUGAGUUUGGUCGACUGGAACAAUGGAAUUAGCCGAAAAUAGGGUUCAAAGUGGGCGAAAUCGCCAAUUCGUAAAUAUUGCCGAGGUUGCUAACUUCGCAAGAGCGUAAUUCCAUAAUUUUCCAUCAGAUUUUGUUUUUUUGGUACCAUUACAAUCGGGAAAAGAUUCUCUAUCAUUUCAUAAGAAAAAAAAUUUUUUUUUUUUUUUUAAAUUUUGCGACACCAGGAGACACCUCAGGAUUUGGUGUUGCGACAGUCAAGGGGUUAAGGGACAUGACUCAGGAAAUUGUAAUGACGCGAUUGCAAACAAACCAUACCACGGGUGGGAUUUGAACCCGCGAUCAGAGAGUCUCAAAACUCCAGACCGUCGCGUUAGCCACUGGACCAGCUAGCCACAAUAAGAUUUGUCCAACUAGGCAUAUUUCUACACCAUAGGAAGGUUAGCAUAGGCACCACUGUGAACACAAAUGCAAGUUUUUACAGACGAAUCUCCAGCUAGUGUGGCCGUGACGGCCACGCUAGCUGGAGAUUCGUCUGUAAAAACUUGCAUUUGUGGUCACAGUGUAUUAAUAAUUUUCUAAAAAAAACCCAAUACCUCUAUAACAAGCACUGCCCUAAAAAAACUAAACAGAUGACAGCAAAGAGACUGAACAGUCCCUGGCUAACACCCAGCAUUCUCAAAUCCAUAAAUACAAAACACCAAUAUGAAAAACAGUACAGAAUGGGUCACAUAACCAGAGACCAAACAAAACGUUACUCGUCAAUCCUAACCAGCCUGAUAAGAAGGGCAAAAAAAUUGUAUUAUGAGAACAGAUUAUCCAACUUACGAGGUGAUAUAAAAAAGACCUGGAAAACCCUAUCAGAAAUUCUGGGAACAAAAAAGAUAUCACGAAAUAGCGAAAUAAAAUUAGCAAAAACAGAUGAACCCCAACUCCCACCAACAGAAACAGCAAACAGACUCAAUGAUUUCUUCUCCACUAUA